UGCUUCUGAAAGUCACGUGGUUUCCUGUAACUGCAGGGAGGAGUCUCUCUGAGUCACUGAUAAAAGUGUUCAGAGUUCAGACUCCAUGUUAACGGACGGAGCAGCAGAGCAGACCAGAUUCAGAGGUGGGUGUUUGUGGUUCAUGUCUCUGAAUGACUGACGUCCAGGAGAUGGAGGAUUGUGUGGAGGAAGAGGAGGAGAGACCAGAGUCUCCGGGAUCCAUCUGUCUGUCUAUGAAGAGUGACCGGUCCAAAGAAAUACCUCUAAACUUCAGUAAAGAACCUGGACCUUCAGACACAAAAGGUCGGUACUGCAGUCAGAGACCAGAGUCACCAGGAUCCAUCUGUCUGUCUCUGAAGAGUGACCGGUCCAUGGACCCCCCUUUAAAGUUCAGUAAAGAACCUGGACCUUCAGACACAAAAAGAGGAGUGAAUUCUGCAGCUUCCAGGUGUCGGUCUACGAAGAGUGACGUCUCCAAAGAUCUGCCUGACGACUUCAACAAUGAACCCGCUCCGAUGAAACGGAGCUCAGACCAGUCGACUUCACCGGAAAAUCUGGGAUCCAGAGCAAGAUCUCCACAAGCAGAUGCUGGUCUGCAGCAGGUCCUAGAUAAACACAAGACCAGUCUGAGGAGCAGAUGUGAACAUGUGACUGAAGGAACUGAUGCACCAGGAAGUAGAACCCCCCUCAACAGGAUCUACACGGAGCUCUUCAUCACAGAGGGACUGAGUGAAGAGGUCGAUACCCAACAUGAGGUGAGGCAGCUGGAGACAGCUUCCAGGAUGAAGAGCCUCCAUGACGCUCCAAUCAGGUGCCAGGACAUCUUUAAAGCCUUACCUGGCCAACGUGGAGCCAUCAGAGUGGUUCUGACCAACGGCGUCGCUGGCGCUGGGAAAACCUUCUCGGUUCAGAAGUUCUCUCUGGACUGGGCCGAGGGCUGGGAGAACCAAGACGUCACCGUGGUGAUUCUGCUCUCGUUCAGGGAGCUGCACCUGAUCGGAGAUGAGCAGCUCAGUCUUCUCAGGCUGAUCCGGGUUUUCCAUCCAUCGUUACAGAAGCUCACAGCAGAGCAGCUGGCUGCCGGGAAACCGUUGUUCAUCUUUGACGGCCUGGAUGAAAGCAGACGUUCCCUGGACUUCAACAACGGUCCGGUGGUGUCUGACGUCACACAGAGCUCAUCGGUCAACGUGCUGCUGACCAACCUCAUCCAGGGGAACCUGCUUCCCUCAGCUCUCAUCUGGAUCACUUCCAGACCUGCAGCAGCCAAUCAGAUCCCUCACAAACACGUGGACAGGCUGACAGAAGUACGAGGCUUCACCGACGGCCAGAAGGAGGAAUACUUCAGGAGGAGGUUCAGGGAUGAAGAGCGGUCCAGCAGCAUCGUCUCUCACAUGAAGACAUCCAGAACCCUCCACGUCAUGUGUCAACUCCCGGUCUUCUGCUGGAUCACUGCUACAGUUCUGGACCACAUUGCAGAGACCACAGAGCAGAGAGGAGAGCUGCCCAAGACCCUGACUGACAUGUUCUCCCACUUCCUGCUGGUCCAGACCAAGAGGAAGAAGAACAAGUACCAGGAGGGACGUGAGACGAGUCCACAGGAGCUGACGGAGGCUGACAGGGACCUUCUCCUGAAGCUGGGGAGGCUGGCGUUUGAACAUCUGGAGAAAGGAAACAUCAUGUUCUACCAAGAAGACCUGGAGCAGUGUGGUCUGGAUGUCCCAGAGGCCUCGGUGUACUCAGGAGUUUGUACCCAGAUCUUCAGGAGAGAGUGUGAGGUCUUCCAGAAACCCGUCUACUGCUUUGUUCAUCUGAGCAUCCAGGAGUUCCUGGCUGCAGUCUACGUGUUCCACUGUUGGUCCACCAGGAACAUGGAUGUGCUGAAGAACUUCCUGGGAGGAAAGUACACAUACUCAUCUCUGGAUGACUUCCUGGAGAGAGUCAUGCAGAAAUCCCUGCAGAGUAAAAAUGGCCACCUGGACCUGUUUGUCCGCUUCCUUCAUGGUCUUUCUGUGGAGUCCAACCAGAGACUGUUAGGAGGUCUGCUGAACCAGAGGAAGAACCGUCCAGGAACCAUCCAGAGAGUCAUCAACAACCUGAAGGAGAUGGACACUGAGUUUAUCUCUCCUGACAGAAGCAUCAACAUGUUCCAGUGUCUGAUGGAGAUGAACGACCUCUCAGUUCAUCAGCAGAUCCAAGAGUUCCUGAAGUCAGAGAACAGAUCAGAGGAGAAGCUCUCUGAGAUCCAGUGUUCAGCUCUGGCCUACAUGCUGCAGAUGUCGGAGGAGGUUCUGGAUGAGUUGGACAUGAGCAAGUACAAGACAACACUAGGGGGUCGACAGAGACUGAUUCCAGCUGUGAGGAACUGCAGAAAGGCUCGAUUUGGUGAUUGUGGACUCUCAGAGACUCACUGUGAAGUUGUUGCGUCCGCUCUGAAGUCCAACCCCUCCCAUCUGACACAACUGGACCUGAGUGAUAACUACCUGGAGGAUUCAGGAGUGAAGGUUCUGUCUGGUGGACUGGAGAGUCCAAACUGUAGACUGGAGACUCUGAGGUUGGGGAACUGCUGGUUGUCAGAGAUCAGCUGUUCUUCUCUGGUCUCAGCUCUGAAGUCCAACCCCUCCCAUCUGAAACAUCUGGAUCUGAGUGAGAACAACCUGCAGGAUUCAGGAGUUAAACAUCUGUGUGGAUUUCUGGAGAGUCCAGACUGCAGACUGGAGACUCUGAGGUUGAAGGAAUGCAGUCUGUCAAAGAUCAGCUGUUCUUAUCUGGUCUCAGCUCUGAAGUUCAACCCCUCCCAUCUGAAACAUCUGGACCUGCGUCUGAACGACCUCCAGGAUUCAGAUGUGGAGCAGCUUUCUGCUCUGGUGGACAGUCCAGACUACCAGUUGCAGACUCUCAGCUGGAGAUGAUGAGAGCAGCUGCUUUCCUCAUGAAGCUGUGAGAGGAGGAUGAUGACAGGCUGCAGGAUUGGACAGAAACACAUAGACAGCAGUCGGCCAAUCAGAGGGUCCAGAUGUUGGUUGUAGACCAGUGUUGUGCUGGUGUUCACGUGUCCAGAAAUAAAGGUGUAUUCCAGCUGACGGCCUUCCAGGAUGUUCAGACACACAGCCGCUCCACUGCAGCUCUGAACUCUGAAGUCCUGGAUGUGCUGAUGGAGGGAUCUCUGCAAACACUCCUUUAUCUGCUUUCUUCUUUCUUCUACAGCUGAUGGAGGGAUCUCUGCAAACACUCCUUUAUGUGCUUUCUUCUUUCUUCUACAGCUGAUGGAGGGAUCUCUGCAAACACUCCUUUAUCUGUUCUCUUCUUUCUUCUUCCCUCUACAGCUGAUGGAGGGAUCUCUGCAAACACUCCUUUAGCUGCUCUCUUCUUUCUUCUUCAUCUACAGCUGAUGGAGGGAUCUCUGCAAACACUCCUUUAUCUGCUCUCUUCUUUCUUCUUCCUCUACAGCUGAUGGAGGGAUCUCUACAAACACUCCUUUAUCUGCUCUCUUCUUUCUUCUUCCUCUACAGCUGAUGGGGGGAUCUCUGCAAACACUCCUUUAUCGGCUCUCUUCUUUCUUCUUACUCUACAGCUGAUGGAGGGAUCUCUGCAAACACUCCUUUAUCUGCUCUCUUCUUUCUUCUUCCUCUACAGCUGAUGGAGGGAUCUCUGCAAACACUCCUUUAUCUGCUCUCUUCUUUCUUCUUCCUCUACAGCUGAUGGAGGGAUCUCUGCAAACACUCCUUUAUCGGCUCUCUUCUUUCUUCUUCCCUCUACAGCUGAUGGAGGGAUCUCUGCAAACACUCCUUUAUCUGCUCUCUUCUUUCUUCUUCCUCUACAGCUGAUGGGGGGAUCUCUGCAAACACUCCUUUAUCUGUUCUCUUCUUUCUUCUUCCCUCUACAGCUGAUGGAGGGAUCGCUGCAAACACUCCUUUAUCUGCUCUCUUCUUUCUUCUUCCCUCUACAGCUGAUGGAGGGAUCUCUGCAAACACUCCUUUAUCUGCUCUCUUCUUUCUUCUUCCCUCUACAGCUGGAGAUGAUGAGAGUGUCCAGGACGGACGACUCGUGUCCUGAUCGUCCUCAGAGUUGAAGCAGAACCAGUUUGUGUGGACAAACUCUGACUGGACUGUGAUGGUAAUGAAGAAGAUGAAGAUGAAGAUGUACAUAUUUUCUGAAUUCCAGCGUUCUACAAACUUCUCAUAUAUUCAGGCUGGCUUUGUCCGAGUCACAUGACUCCCCCGGUGUUUUCUUUUUAAUUACAUGUUUCCGUUUCAUUCCAAGUUUUCCUUUUGUUGUUGUCGUGUUUUCAGCUUUGUCAGGUUUUUAAAGUUUCUCUCUGCAUCACUGAUGAAGAGAGAGAUUGAAGAGAUCUGUGGAAAUAACAGCGUUUGUUCAUGAAAUACGAAACACAAAUGAACUUGACUUGGUUGAUGAAUGUCCCUCAGUUUGUUCCAGUAAAUAUUGUAAAUGUUUUCUGGAUAUUAGUAUGAUUGUUAACACUUCAAAGAAAAUCUAAAAUCUUCAGUAAAACUUGGAUCUUUUCUCUUG